AUGAUGAGCUUGUUGUCUGACGUGCAAUUGACCAUCUUCUUGCAGACCAUCCGCCAGUUUGUGUCGCUCUCCAUCUCCGACAUCGUCGAGCCAGCUCCCCCAGCUAGCGCCAUGCAGAGCUACUCUGACUCUGUCGCCAACUCCAACUGCGAUGACAUCUCCUACAUGUGCGCUGGUACCGCCGUCACCAAGGCUGCUGCUGAGUUUGUCACCUACUCCUCACCGAGUGAACAUGUUCGCACACUGCAAUCUCAUAUCAAUUUUCAGCAUGGAGCCAACGAGCUGACUUCUCGAACCUCCUCUAUGCUUCGCAACUCCAUCCUCACCGCGACAGGUCUCAGCCUGCAAGGCCAUGAGGUCAAGGCGAGUCGAGAGCCGCGAGUGAAACACGAAGAGAAGAAGGUGGCGAAGGAGGAGGAGAAGGAGGACCAGUGGGACUUGGCGCAAGCAGCUCGAUACCUGGCGGGGAAGGAGCUUGGGUCGAGGCGGUGGAGCGAGACGCCGAUCCUUACAGAGACCCCUGCUGCUCCCUCCGCCCCCUCCUCCUUCCAUGCCAGGGCCAACGAGUUCUUACAGCGAUCCGACCUGAGCGACAGGAGGAGGAGGGAAGGGCUCCCUGCUGUCUCCGACGUGGACAGCGGCAUCCAAGUACAGCUAGAGCAGCGAGGAGCUGAGUUCCCUCAGCUGGAGCGAGUGGCAGAGCUGGGAGACUUGCUGGAGGAGGUGGACGGGGUGAAGACGAGAGGGAUGGGAAUGACGGGCGUGCGGGAGCUCGUGCGAGGGCUGGAGGGGACGCAGGUGAAGCUUGCGAUCAAGGACGGGAGAGGAGACGGCAGCAGCUCCUUGGCAAGGAGGAGCGUGCUGGUGCUGAGAACUACAAACCAUGUGGACGACAUUCAACAGAAGCUCGUCGAGGACGUCUGCACGGCCUUGGGAGUGUCUCAGGAGAGGGUGAGGGUGAUCGGGCUAUACAAGCAGGAGGCUCAGCUGAGGAAGGAGGAGGUCACUAGCUCCUUCUCAGUCUCGGACGCGAUGAUGGUGGUGGACGUGCUCGUCCUCGAGGAUGAGGAGGAGCAGCGGGAGCGACCGGACGUGAAGGACGCGAAGCAGCUGGUGGAGCAGCUGCAGCAGCAGCAGCAGCAGCAGCAGCAGCAGCAGCAGCAGCAGCAGCAGCAGCAGCAGCAGCAGCAGCAGCAGCAGCAGCAGCAGCAGCAGCAGCAGCAGCAGCAGCAGCAGCAGCAGCAGCAGCAGCAGCAGCAGCAGCAGCAGCAGCAGCAGCAGCAGCAGCAUAUGUUCUUUCCUAAUACAUGUUG